GUCAUUGUUAAAGGGGUGAGGUGAUAACCCUCUGUUUAAACAUUGUUCUGAGAAGGCAAAUUUUAAACAGGCAAACAAGAUUAACUCAAUUAUUUUUAAAAUUUUAAUUACUACCUAUAGAAAUUCCUUUGUGAGAAGAUUUCCUCAAAAACACCUAGACUGAAGUGUCCCUUUGUUAAUGUAAUUUUGCAUUUCGCAGCUUAUGGCUAGAUUGUGAAAGAUCACGUGUAUAAAGUAUAUGUUCCUGACUGUGUAGGAAGUCACAGUUCCUGCGUGCACUCUGGUUUCUUCCAGUAACUAAAAGGUAACACACGCCCAUGCAAUCCAGUCUUUAACACACAGCCAGGUGAGUCAAGGAGGAAGAACCUGUGUGUGAGAGAUGUUUCUAGGGCAGGGCCUCAGUGGGGAUUCCAGUUUGACAGCUUUCUCCCUUGCUCAAAAACUAGCAGUGCAGUCACAGAGUCAGACUAACAACCUGAAACCUAUCACCUGUAUGAGAGCUACAGAAAGACCCACAAAGGACUGCCAUAUACUGGGGAUUGCUGGUCUGUGAAACAAGAGAGAAAGAGGGCUUUAUAUAACUGCUGCUUUGUGUCCCUGUUCCACCAUGAGUGUUGGAGAGGAGGAUGUGAAUAUUGUAAUUGCUUCUAGCGCAGCAGGUGGAGAUGAAGGAAAUGGAAGUGGUACACAGCCGUCUGUGCCUACAAGGGUCACUGCUGCAGUUCCAACAGUUGUUUCUGCUUCUACCACCCACACAUCGGGGCCCACACGGACUUCAGCUCCAAGUACCCGGAAUCCUGGACCAACAACUCCUGCUACUUCAAGAGCCUCAGGGACUCCCACUACCCACACUUCAGGGCUAAUAAGUAAUGCUUCCCAUACUCCAGGACCCACAGGGACUUCAGGUGCGACUGUCAACCCUACAGGACCGACAUCUUCACCUUCCAACAUUCCAAGGCCCACAGGAACCACAGCUAAUGCUACAAACCCCACAGUGCCAACACGGAUGCCAGCUCCUGCCACCCCUACUCAAAAUCCACCAAGGACUCCAAUUCCUACUACACAUAAUCCAGGUCCAGUUCGGACCCCCGCUAAUGCUCCAAGGGUUCCAGGUCCUAGUCGAACACCAGGCCCUGCCCGAGGGACACCCAGACCUGUCCCAAAACCAGACACUGGAGGCCACACUGUGAACUACAAGAAGGAGAAAGCCUUUCCCAUUAGAAAAUACUGUGUUCCCACUGUAGCAGUAUUAUUGGUGCUGGCUUCAAUUGCUGUUAUAUCCAUCCUGAUAAAAGUGGUUUUGGAUAAUUAUUAUUAUUUCUGCGUCAAGUCAUUCAAAUUCAUACCUUUGGACCAGUGGUGUGAUGGUAAAUCAGACUGUGCAGGGGAUGAGGAUGAGAGCCGGUGUGUGCAACCUUUUGAUGUCACUACAAACUCCAUGGUGAGAUUCAUGGAAGCUGGUUCUCUGCUUCAACUCUAUGCGUCAUCCAGAACCAGCUGGAGUUUUAUUUGCAGUGACAACUGGGAUGCUAGUAAAGCAAAAGCUGUGUGUGCACAGGUUGGCUACUACAGUGAACCAGUGUCCAGUUCUGUUUCAAUCUCUGACUUGUCUACAUCAUCUGCUAUAUUGUAUAGCACUGUGCAGGUGCUGAGCGACCAAAGAAUCCAAGUUAAUCCAUUGCUCGGGGGAAGUUGCACAUCUGGCCGAGUUGUAUCUCUUAGUUGUGCAGCAUGUGGUAUUGGACAUAAGCAACAGAGGAUUAUUGGGGGUACUAAUUCUGAUAUACUGAGGUACCCAUGGCAGGUCAGUCUACAGUACAUGGGUCAGCACAUAUGUGGAGGAAGUAUCCUGAACUCUCGCUGGAUCCUCAGUGCUGCCCACUGCUUUGACAAGGGACAGAAACAGAUCGAUCGAUGGCGUGUGCAGUAUGGGGUAACCACUCUUACAUAUCUGUUUGGAUCCUAUGUGGACAAGAUCUUCCUGCAUUCCAGAUACGUUGCCAAUCAAAAACCAAAUGACAUUGCCCUUGUCAAACUCAAAAGUGACAUAGCUGUAUCAACAUCAGUGCAGCCUGUCUGCCUUCCUGGAUAUGAUAAUCAGAUAGUGGCUGGCUCAGUGCUAUGGGUAACAGGCUGGGGUCAUACAGUGGAAGGAGGUUCUGCACUGUCUUCUCAGCUCCAGGAAGUGACCAUUAAUCUUAUUUCCAGUGCUACAUGCAAUCAAGAGUAUGGUGGGCAGAUUCUUCAAUCCAUGUUGUGUGCAGGGAAGUUAGAAGGCGGGUCUGACACAUGCCAGGGUGACAGUGGUGGCCCUUUGGUGUCACUGGGACAAAACUCUCGCUGGGACCAGGUUGGUGUUGUGAGCUGGGGUGAUGGCUGUGGAAGACCUAAUAAAGUAGGAGUAUACACCAAUGUGCAGACAUUCUUGAACUGGAUUUAUGAAGUGAUGAAACAAGUAGCAUAAGCACUAGGGCAGCAUACAUUGUUUACCCAGACGUUCUUGCUAUGGAGUAAGUGAAUAAGUGCACAUGAAGUAAUGCAAGAAUGUGAUGCUUUGCUGGGCUGAACUGUCUUCUGGGCAAACCCCUCUGCAGGACCAGAGAAUGGCAGGAGAUAAAUAUUCAUUUAAAUAACAGUGGCUGAUGAUGAGAUCAUUGGUGUAAAACCUGGUGUUUUGGAACCAUACUCUUUAGCGAUGUGAACUGCGCCAAAGCAGCAUUCUGAAGAUGUUUCUCAGGAACCCUUUGCACAUAACUGAGGUGGAUACAUUUACUGAACAUGGGUGGCAAUUUUUCACAAUGAAUAUAUUGCAUAAAAAAAAAAAAAAAAUUGUUUCCCUAUCUAAAAAGUGCCAAAACUGAAAGUGUGUGUGGAGCUGAAUUGAUGUACUGUGUGCAAAAUAAAUAAACAUUUAUAAAUAAUAAUUUUUUAAAAACGGCAACAUAACAUAAAUGUCACUAUUUUUUUCAUUUGCCCACUCACUUGCAAACUGUUUACCAAAACUGUUAUUAGUGUAAAGGUAUUCUUAAUAGGUGUAUAUCAUGCUUGAAAUACCUGGUCACCCGUUAUCUGAAUGGCAAAAACACGUCAUCCAAUAUGCUGAAUUACAACUCACUUGUGCCAUCCUAACCCUUGUCCUGAGCCACAUGUGAUGCACUUCAACCUCAAGGCUUGACCCUAAUCUACAUUCAGUAGCUAGUUCAACAUUUAUUGCACUUGGAUGUAUAACUGUAUAUAUUAAAAGAGACUAUUUUUUUUCCUUGAAAAUAAAAUGUUAUAAAUUGUUAA